CACACACUCAUCUUGCAUUGCACACUACAUCGGAAACAUAAAAAAGAAGACAGAGAUUUGUUUGUUGUUGUCGAGUUUAAGAAUGUCUGGGGUUUGGGUUUUCAAGAACGGUGUGGUGAGGCUAAUGGAGAACCCUGAGUCUGAAAUAUUGGAGAAGAAGGUGAAAGGGAAGGUGCUGGUCGACAUGGCAAGCGGUGAACCCAUUACUUCCUACACAGUGCUCGAGAGAAAGCUGAAGGCAUUGGGGUGGGAGCGUUACUACGAUGACCCUAACCUUCUUCAGUUCCACAAAACCUCCUCCAUAGACCUAAUCUCACUCCCAAAGGAUUUCACCAACUUCACCAACAUUCACAUGUACGACAUAGUCAUCAAGAACAGGAACUACUUCCAAGUUACAGACAUGUAACACUGCUGUCUGUUUUAUAUCUGCUUCAAGUUUGUUUGUUUUCUGUGUGAUCCAUCAGAGUUUACUCAACUCUUUGAUGUUUAGACUUCAUUUCUACAAGGAAUAAGUUGUUCAGAGUUUAAACUUUGAACUUGGUGUGUUAAAAAUAAAUAAAUUUUAGCUUUUCUUAA